AUGGCAAGGCGUUCGGCGGCUGUCCAGGAGACAACUUUCCUCGUGCCAAACAUCCACUGUCCAACAUGCACCGGUUUUAUCGAGCCGCUGCUUCGGGAGCUCACCCCUUCGCCUAAGUCCAUCAUUACCUCGAUCAUCAAUCACAGUGUCACCGUUGAACACGACAAAGCUCUGUCCCCGAAGAAAGUCUCCCGAGUCCUGGCAGACGCUGGGUAUGACGUUGACAGCAUCAUCAUCGGGCCCCAAGUUCAGGAGCCCGGGUCAGGCCGUGUGGCUCAGCCUCCCAAUGCUAAUGCUGUCGUCUCCGUCUCCCUACUGCGUCGUCUUUACGAAGCACUCGAUUGCGUAGGCAGACAAAUCAACGAAGAGGAAAAGCAAAGGCGACAUGCUGAGCAUUGCAUGCAAUGCCGAGAGGAGAAACUCGAAGGUGACGGACAAGCCAUCUCUGGAGUGGCCAUUGGGAACGACCAAUCUUUGAAGCUGCACCGAGCCAUCAUAUCGAUCGAUGGAAUGACUUGCAGCUCCUGUGUCGGCAAUGUCACAAAUGCGCUCGAAGCACAGACAUGGGUCCAGUCCGUCAAUGUUGGUCUCAUCACACGCGCGGCUACCAUCGAGUUCUUCGACGAGAACAACACGAAUGAGUUAGUCAACACCAUCGAGUCUCUCGGAUACGAUCCUACACUUGAACGGGUAGAAGAGGUCGCUGGGAGCUCUACGGAUAAUCUCUGGCAAGCUUCGCUUUCCAUCAUGGGUAUGACUUGCAGCUCUUGUGUUGGAACGGUGACCGGCGCCCUAGAGAAGCUGCCCUAUACAGAGUCUGUCAAUGUCAAUCUCGUCACGAGCAGCGGAGUGGUGAACUUCCACGAUAAGAGCCACCUGAACAACAUCGUCUCUACAAUUGAGGAUCUUGGAUACGAAGCCACUCUAAACAAUCUCAUAGAGGUCAACAGCGAUCGGUUGAAAGAUUCCCACAGAGUACUCUCUAUCAAAGUCACCGGCAUGUACUGUGCACACUGCCCAGGACGAGUCUUGGCCGCAUUCUCCCCUUUCGGAGACAGGCUGUCGGUGCAAGACCAUGGAACACUCGAAAAUCCCAUAUUCACAGUCACAUACGUACCUCAGGUUCCAGACUUCACCGUCAGGGCUAUUCUCGAAUCCAUCAUGGCGACUGACGACGCCUUCGUACCCACGGUCUACCAUCCACCUACCAUGGAGGAGAGGUCUCAGCAAAUGAUGCGUCGCACACGACUAGGUCUGAUGCACCGCGUUUUGCUUUGCUUCGUUGCCGCCAUUCCAACGCUGAUCAUCGGCAUUGUCUACAUGAAUCUCGUGUCACCAGAGAAUCACGAGAGACACUAUCUCAUGCAGCCGCUCAGUGGUGUAUCACGAGCCGAGUGGUCUCUUUUGAUAAUGGCGACACCUGUUUACGUUUUUGCCGCGGAUAUCUUUCAUCGACGGGCGAUUAAAGAACUAUACUCGCUCUGGCGACCUGGCAGCCCUGUUCCAAUUUUGCGCCGCCUUUACCGGUUUGGUAGCAUGGACAUGCUUGUUAGCUUCGCCACAACCAUCGCCUACUUCAGCUCGAUCGCAGAGAUUAUCAUUGCGGCGACUAACAAUCAUCAUGUGGAGAUGCAAUCCAGACCUUCCCACAUGGAUGCCGUCGUUUUCCUGGCUCUUUUUCUAUUGGUGGGCCGUAUGAUCGAGGCAUAUAGCAAGGCAAAGACUGGUGAAGCCGUGUCAAAGUUAGGAAGCUUGAGGCCCAAGGAGGCGCUGCUCCUCGUCAACGAACAGAAUGGGAACAGCCAGGUGAAGACCAUCGGCGUGGACCUGCUUGACUGCGGCGAUCGGGUGAGAGUUGUACACGGUGGCUCGCCACCAUGGGACGGUGUCCUCAUCGAUGGCUCCAACGCCGAAUUUGUCGAGUCCAGCCUAACGGGCGAGUCAAAACCUGUGGAGAAGCAGCUGGGCGAUCCCAUUUACUCUGGCACCGUCAACAACGGUGGCCCGAUCACCAUGCAGAUUACCGGCGCUUCUGGGGAUUCCCUCCUCGAUCAGAUCAUCAAAGUCGUGCGGGAGGGACAGGCUCGACGCGCUCCGAUUGAGCGUGUGGCUGACUCCAUCACUGGCUACUUCGUUCCAGUUGUCACACUCAUCGCCAUUACAACCUGGGUAACCUGGCUGGGUCUUGGACUUUCGGGCCGUCUACCACAAGAUUAUGAAGACGUCGCGGUUGGAGGCUGGCCAUUCUGGUCUCUUCAAUUCGCCAUCGCCGUGUUUGUCGUAGCUUGUCCAUGCGGCAUUGGUCUUGCUGCUCCGACUGCACUUUUUGUUGGUGGCGGACUCGCGGCAAAACAUGGUAUUCUAGCUAAGGGUGGAGGUGAAGCCUUUCAGGAGGCCAGCAACCUGGAUAUUAUCGUUUUCGACAAGACUGGCACCUUGACUGAGGGUGGAGAACCCACGCUCACUGACCACCGUAUCCUCGCUAUCGACGACGCCCAAAAGGGUGCUUGGGAUGAGAACAUCAUCCUCGGCUGCCUGGCGGAACUCGAGAGCAACAGCAGCCAUCCAAUCGCCAAAGCUAUCACCACUUUCUGCGGGUCUCAAUGCCAGAAUAGCUUCAAGUCCACAAGCAUCACAGAGGUGCCUGGAAAGGGCAUCAAAGGCACCUUCACAAGCGCUUCUUUCUCGGCUUCGUUCGAGAUCAUUGUUGGAAAUGAAGCCCUGAUGGCUGAUCACGGAGCCAGUUUUGAUGAGCAAACGUUGGAGGAACUAGACAGUUGGAAGAGUCAAGCCAAGUCCGUGGUUCUGGCUGCUGGCAAAUUAGUCUCGUCCGACGACAGUGUUGGAUGGAAUCCUCUAGCCAUUUUCGCUGUUUCGGAUGCUAUUCGCCCAGAGGUGAAGCCCGUUUUGGAUGCUCUACGAGAGCAGGGUAUUGACGUAUGGAUGCUGUCUGGAGACAACGCCAAGACCGCAAGAGCUGUUGGUGCUAUGGUCGGCAUCCCGGAGGACCGCAUCAUCGCCGGCGUGCUUCCUGAGCAGAAGGCCGAGAAGAUUGAGUACCUGCAGAAGAGCCAGAUCAAGAUUGAAUCCUUUCUGGGCAUUGGGAACUCCAGGUACCGGCGGCCGACCGUGGCCAUGGUUGGAGAUGGCAUCAAUGACUCUCCUGCAUUGACUGUCGCAGACGUUGGCAUUGCCAUUGGCUCAGGUUCCGACGUCGCCAUCUCUGCUGCCGAUUUUGUUCUCAUCAACUCAAGCCUCACGACGCUUCUCACACUCACGAGUCUCAGUCGAGCGGUGUUCAGACGCGUCAAGUUCAACUUUGCAUGGGCUUUGGUCUACAAUCUCGUUGCUCUGCCUAUCGCCGCAGGUGUCCUGUACCCGAUCAAGACGAACGGAAGUCACACGAGGUUAGAUCCGGUUUGGGCGGCACUUGCAAUGGCUUUGAGUAGCCUCAGCGUCAUCACAAGCAGUCUGCUGUUGCGUCUUCCGCUACCGGUAGUUGGGUACAAGACCAAGACCAUUGGGAACUUGUAG